UAUGGCCGUUCGGCCACUCUUUAGUGGUCGACCCAUCUCAAAUCAAAACGUUUAAAACGUUCUUUCCUCUCUGAUAAAUUGUUAAAGUUAUUAAGAAAAUUAAUAAGGUAACAGACAAAUGCAAACCUCGUUGAAUUUGGAAGUGGCGUGAAGCAGUCAACCGGCUUAUUUGCACCGCCGGACGCUGAAAAAGGCAAAACGGUGACCCAUUAGGGUUAGCUUCACCAACAACGCAGCAUUGAUCACAACGCAGCACAGUGCAUACAUUGGAGACUUAGCUCGCAAUCUAGUCACUAUAGGCAGUACGAAUACUUGCCCGCAGUGUGGUGUAUUUUAAUUGGUACGUACGUAAGUAGCUAACUAAAACAAUACAGUGCUUGAGAUUUAGCACGCUGGGAUGCAUUUGACUCUUCCUACUGGAAUCUCGUUUUUAAAUGAUUUGGAGUUUCAUACCUGGUUUUGUCAUUUACCAUUUGAUAAGGCUAUUGCUCCUUGAUUAGUCCACAUUAGUGCCCUCAUCAUGUCCAUGCGGAGAAUUGUAGCUGGUGACCUCAUAUUCCCACUGUAGUGUGACCAGCCAUGCCCUCCCUGUACCUCCUAAUGAGGGACUCCCCUGUCCUUUUCUUCUGGACUCUCUGCUUACAAAGGUCUGCUGACUACCACCAGUUCCACCAGUUAUACCAGUUGUAAGAUGACAUGGACUUAUCUACACUAUGCCACUUUGGCAGGACAAAGGUGAAGACCAUAUUUUAUUGAACAGACAAAAUAAUUCCCAACAUGAAUAAACUGAAACAGAUGACCUAGUUCAAGGACAGAACAUUUGAUUGUGUAGUGCCCAUUCCUCAUUUUGAGGAGAUUGCACCAUGACUUCUUAUGCCCAUAUGUUUGGUUCGCCGGCGGGGCCAGGAGUGGAAUAGCCGUGCCCAUGAUGCAGCGUAACGGUGGGUUGGGAGCCGGUGGUCAGCCGUGGGUUCUGCGCCGUGUGCGCCUCACCUGGCUUAGCUUUAUGCUCUUUUUCAUCCUGGUCUUCUUUCCACUCAUCGCCCACUACUACCUAACCACCAUUGAUGAGGCGGGGGGUCCAGACAAGCGAAUCUUUGGCCCGCGCCCUGGAGGUGAACUGUGCGAGGCAAAGCAUGUCCAAGACCUGUGCCGCAUCCGCGAGUCAGUCAGUGAGGAGCUCUUGCAGCUGGAGGCCAAGCGCCAAGAGCUGAAUGGUGAGAUAGCUCGACUUAACUUGCGCAUCGAGGCUUGUAAACGAAGUAUCGACAGUGCUAAGCAGGACCUACUGCAGCUCAAGAAUGUCAUCAGCCAGACGGAGCACUCCUACAAAGAACUGAUGGCUCAGAACCAGCCUAAGCUCUCACUGCCUGUCAGACUGCUGCCUGACAAGGAGGACCCAGGGCUACCCCCUCCCAAGUCUGCCCGUGCAUGCCGCCUGCGCUCCUGCUUUGACUAUGCCCGCUGCCCUUUGACCUCAGGCUUCCCUGUGUAUGUUUAUGGCACAGGGUCCUACCCCUGGGGUGAGCACUUGGACCCUUUGGUCAAUCAGGCCUUUACAGCCUCAGUGAAAAGCAACAUUUAUGUGACUGAUAACCCCAGCAUCGCCUGCCUGUAUGUGGUACUAGUGGGAGAGCUGCUAGAGUCCCCCUCUUCCCCCUUACCACCUCCCCCUGAGCUGGAGAAACAGCUUAAAGCUCUCCCAUUCUGGCGGUCAGAUGGGCACAACCACCUGCUAGUCCACUUGUCCAGGAAGUCCAUGACUCAAAAUUUCCUUUACAAUGUGAGCACAGGGCGUGCAGCUGUGGCCCAGUCCACCUUUCUGGAGCAGCAGUACCGUGAGGGCUUUGACCUAGUGGUCUCGCCAUUAGUUCAUGCCCUCUCCGAGCCAAACUUCCUGGAGGUGCCCCCACAAGUUCCCGUCAAAAGGAAGUAUCUAUUUUCCUUCCAGGGUGAGAGGGUGGAGUCUCUGCGCAGCAGCUUACAGGAGGGCCCACCCCAGACCUUUGAAGAGGAGAUGGAAGGAGACCCGCCUGCAGACUACGACGAUCGCAUCAUCGGAACCCUGAAAGCAGUACAAGACAGCAACUUAGACCAGGUUCUGGUGGAGUUCACUUGUAAGAGUCCUCAGGGUAGCCUGCCCACAGAAUGGGCUUUGUGUGGCGAGAGGGAAGAGCGACUGGAGGUCCUCAAGCACUCUACCUUUGCACUGGUUAUCUCCCCAGGUGAAGGUCAGUUGUUGGCCUCAGCAGGUUGUGGCAUGAGGCUGUUUGAGGCCCUUGAGGUGGGGGCCAUCCCUGUAGUGCUGGGGGACCACUCUAGACUGCCAUACCAUCAGCUUAUCCGCUGGAGUGAGGCCACUGUAAUGGUUCCCAAGCCCCGAAUAACUGAGUUGCACUUUCUGCUACGUAGCCUAUCAGACAACGAUCUACUGGCCAUGCGGCGGCAGGGACGCUUCUUAUGGGAGACCUACUUCUCCACCUCAGAAAAUGUCCUCAGUACCAUCCUGGCCAGCGUUAGGACCAGCAUUCAAGUGCCCGCAUCCCCCAUUCGGGAAGAGCCUGUCCAGGAGAUUCCCCACAAGGCUGGGAAGAUGGCGGGCACCGACGCCAAUCUGGCUGACAAUGGAGACCUAGACCUGGGACCUGUAGAGACAGAGCCACCCUAUGCUUCACCACGUUUUCUCCGCAAUUUCACCUACACUGCUGCAGACACCUACCGGGCCUGGAACCGGGCCCCGGGCCCCUUCCAUCUAUUCCCCCAUACCCCUCUCGACCCAGUACUGCCCUCUGAGGCAAAGUUCCUGGGUUCAGGCACAGGCUUUAGGCCCAUUGGAGGGGGCACGGGUGGGUCAGGAAAGGAGUUUCAGGCUGCCCUGGGAGGGAAUGUGCCCAGGGAGCAGUUCACAGUGGUCAUGCUGACGUAUGAGAGAGAGGAGGUCCUUAUGAACUCUCUGGAGAGGCUCAAUGGGCUGCCUUACCUUAACAAGGUGGUGGUGGUGUGGAACUCUCCUAAGCCCCCUUCGGAGGAUCUGUUGUGGCCAGACAUUGGCCUGCCCAUUGUGGUCGUCCACACAGAGAAGAACAGCCUAAACAACCGCUUCCUUCCCUGGGAUGCUGUGGAAACAGAAGCUAUCCUUUCUAUCGAUGAUGAUGCCCACCUCCGCCAUGAUGAGAUCAUGUUUGGCUUUAGGGUGUGGAGAGAGGCUAGGGAUCGGAUUGUGGGUUUUCCAGGUCGCUUCCAUGCCUGGGACGUCAAUCACCAGUCAUGGCUCUACAACUCAAAUUACUCCUGUGAGCUAUCGAUGGUCCUGACAGGCGCUGCGUUCUUUCACAAGUACUACGCUUACCUGUACUCCUACGUGAUGCCCCAGGCCAUCAGGGACAUGGUGGAUGAGUACAUCAACUGUGAGGAUAUUGCCAUGAACUUCCUAGUUUCCCACAUAACACGCAAACCACCCAUCAAGGUGACGUCUCGGUGGACCUUCCGUUGCCCUGGCUGUCCUCAGGCCCUGUCUCAUGAUGACUCCCACUUUCAUGAGCGUCACAAGUGCAUCAAUUUCUUUGUAAAGGUGUAUGGCUAUAUGCCGCUGCUCUACACUCAGUUCCGAGUGGAUUCUGUGCUCUUUAAGACCCGCCUGCCCCACGACAAGACCAAGUGCUUCAAGUUCAUAUAGUACAGGUUUCACAUGCCAGGACAUAGCGGGAAGAGAUUAAUGGUACAAAAUGCUGGCAAGAUUUAGAAGAAAACACUUUACAAAUAAUGAUUGGAGCUCAGACCCACUUUGACUGGAAUCUGGCACGAACUGCUGCCAAUAAAAAACAAAACAAGCCUUUGUUGUUUUUAAUGUUUUUUUUUUCCCCUCAUAGUGUUCCAUCAAGCUACCACUACAGAUAUUAUUUGAACCACUCUAUGGACCUACAUAAGAGAGGCAAGACUAUCCUACAGAUGUUGAACUGACAGUGACAUUGUAAUGAGAAGUUUUGAAACUAACUGGAAGAGUGGCUGGACGGUCAUAUUAAACCAGGCCUUGGCGUUGUCUGAGCAGUCACUUUUCAAUUUUGGGAUGAAAGGAGGGUUAAAGGCAUGUGGUUGUCAUUGCACACAUUUUGUUUAGUUUAUUUGUUCUUUUGAAAUUUGAAGAAAAAAAAAAAAAAAAAAGAUGAUGCUGUAUUCUGUACUUGUGAGACAUAGAGAAGAACUGAUGGUCACAGAAAUGUUUCAUUCAAUUGUUUUGGGAUAUUUUUAAGUGAUUUGUUCAUGUAAAUCGCAUGUAGGAUGUGCAGUCACCAAAAUCUUUGUCCUAUACAGAUCCAUUAAAACCCAUUAAACGGCCAAAUUCUCAGCAAUUAUGACACACAUUUUCAAAUGGAACUGACACUCAUUACUCACAACCAAUCCAGGAAACUAGCUAUUAUAUUUAAGCUGGCAGGGGUAAUUAGUAAUUCCUCACAUCAUAAGUUUAUUAAGUCAGUCAAGUGUUAUGGGUUUUACUAAGUGUGUCCAUGAUGGUUGAAUUUGAAUGGCCUGCCUAUGAUUGUUAAAUAAUGAGAAGUACUUCAAUGAGGGCUAAAUUGUACUGAUUUGGCACUUCUGUCUAAAGUUUUUAAAAUCCGACUUGAGAAGUAAAUUAUUACAAAAACAACAUUGUCCUAAUCUAGUGACAUCCAGUUUCAAACCUCCAUAAGGAUCCUCUCUGUACACCAACUGUUCGGAGCCUCUUGGUUUCAUUUGAACUGAUCUUAAACAUUUGACAUUUAUUUGACAAAGAGGUAUAAUAUCUCCUGAUAAAUGGCACACAACACUUUUGGCAGUCCACAAUGGAAAUGUGUUCCAAGGGAUGCAGUCUGUUAUGCCCCCUUCCAUAGACACACACUGUACUACCAACAGACCCCAUACUGCAAAAUACCAAACUGUAUUAUUGUGUAGAGUAGUUCAGCAGUACAACCCUGUCUCAUAUUUGAUCUUGUUUGGAUUAACUCUGUUAACAUGACUUGAAGAUCAAGAUUCCUUUAUAGGAAAUGUUUCAAUAAAGUAAGAGAGAAUAUGA